UAACAAGGCAAGGGAGAAGCUGGUGAAAGAGGGAAGAGCUAUGAAAAAGCGAGGGAGAAGGUGAAAUCUCAGCAGCACAGAGAAGAGGCCAAACAAGCAGGAGCGGAAGGAUGAUCGGAGGUGAAAGCGCUGAUCAGUGAGGUCUCCAGAGAGGGAGAGGAGAAGAAGGAGAUGAGCAGCAAGAGGGGGGUAAGCAGCCAGCACACACAACAUCCAUCAGCUCAGGCAGCCAUGCUCUGAGCCCUGGAGCAGCAGGGCUACGCAGACACUGCACAGGCCCCACAUCAGGCCUAUAGCUCAGCCCUCCAUCCCGGCCAGCAACACCGGGGCAGGGACAAGACAAGAUUCCCUUCACAACACCUGUGCAUAAAAGCCAUGAGGACAGCCAGGAAGGGCAGUGUAGAGAUGCCUGCGUUUGUGCGCCAGCUGGUGAAAGAAACAGAAAAGAGGGUCAGCUCUUUCUUCAAAGGGGGCCGUGGAGGAACAGCAGAAGGAGAGCAGCAAGGGGAGGGGGAGAAGGAGGAGGUCAUCCCCAGCCCCUACCUAGACCGGCCAGUCCUGGACAAGCUCACAGAGGAGGGCUGCGCCCGCUGGGGCCUCACCUAUGCCCUAGGAAGUAUGCAGGGCUGGAGGGCCAACAUGGAGGACUUCCACAACUGUGUGCCACAGCUGGGUGGAGAGCUAGCUGACUGGAGCUUCUUUGCAGUGUUCGAUGGCCAUGCAGGCAGCACGGUGGCUCAGUACUGCUCCCAACACCUUCUGGGUCACAUCCUGGCUAUGGAUGGAAUAGGACCAGAAGAUGACCCGCCAAAAGUGAAAGGGGCCAUCGAAGAGGGCUUCCUCCAGACAGACAAGCACCUGCACUCUGUGGCCCGUCGAGAGGGCUGGGAGAGGGGCGGCACCACUGUGGUGGCCACUCUCAUUUCGCCAUAUUACAUCUACUUUGCCAACUGCGGUGACUCAAGGGCCAUGCUGUGCCGGUCUGGGCAGGUCUGCUUCUCCACUGAGGACCACAAACCUUACAGCCCUCUGGAGAAAGAACGUAUUGAGAGCGCGGGUGGCUCCGUGUCCCUCCAACGGAUCAACGGCUCCUUGGCAGUGUCACGCGCUCUGGGAGACUUCGGCUACAAGGGGGCAGAGAACCGGACCCCGAGCCAGCAGAUGGUUUCACCUGAGCCAGAAGUGUGUGUGGUGGAGCGCUCGCCGGCAGAUGAAUUCCUGGUGCUCGCCUGUGAUGGCGUGUGGGACACCAUCAGCAACGAGGAGCUGUGCGCCUUCAUCCACAACCGGCUGCGUGUCUGCACCGACCUGAGGGACGUCUGCACUCAGGUCAUUGACCUCUGCCUCUAUAAGGGCAGCUUGGACAACAUCAGCAUCAUCUUGCUGUGCUUCCCUGGAGCCCCCCAGCUGUCAACAGAGGCAUUACACCAGGAGGCUGAGCUGGAGGACCUGCUGGAGUCCAAGGUGGCAGAGAUUUAUGAUGAGCUGUGUGCCAGAGGGGAAGAGCCUGAGCUGCUGUCCGUCCUCACAGUUCUUGCAUCCACUGUCAUCCCUGGAUUACCACCAGGUGGAGGCAUACAGAGCAAGAGGAACUGCAUUAUCUCUGCUUACUAUCAACAACGUGAUGCGCACAAGCCCAUGAUACCAAAUGGUCUGGGAGGCUCUUGAGAAGGCCAAGGGAUUUAGAUUUUGUCUCCAAAGUUCCUCAAAGGAAAGGGACUGUAAUAAAUGUGAAUAUUAAACCUGUUUUUUUUUUCAUGUGUGCAGUUUCACAACAAGACAAUGGUGUUUGUUAGCAGCACCAUCUUGUCAUGACAAAAAAAAUGCAAAAACAGAUCUAGUAAAGCCUGAUACUUUAUAUUUAUACAAGAAAGAUAUUUUGUAAAAAUGACUCAGAGACACUGACCCAGCAACCAAACCUCAACCUCAAUAAACAGAAAGUGCAGAUGACAAAUUGAACUGAAUAACAACCAACUGUGGCAUAGUUCGUUUUCAUUGGAUAAAAUAAGAAAGAUUAGUACAUGCAGGGUUGCAUUUUGAAAAUUAGGAUUUAAGACUGUACAUAUGUGUGUGUGCAUGUGUGUGUGCGUAUUAAAGAAUGAACAGGUUUACCUUUCCUCUUCAGGAAACAUUGUCACCAUUAAAUAAAACCUAGCAUGCAGCUAACAUGUGUCCAUUUGUUGUGACAGGAAAUGCUAGUAGUUCAUGAGACAGCUCGUGGGGAUGCGCACAAUCCUUUUUCCCUCGUUGCUGUGAGUGAAAGGCAAAUAAACUCAUUAGAUAUCUGACUCUACUCACAAUUCAUGUCACGGGAUCUAAAAACGUUUUUGACAAAGUGUUUUACAUUUUCAAAAACAAGAACAAAAUAUGUCAAAUUUGAAAUACCUUACAAAUGGAACUAAAAGUCUCCCCCCUAAAAUGCAUCCCGCUGUGAUUACUGUCUAAAUUUACAUGAAUGCGUUCAGCAUGUACACAAUUUGCAAUUCUUUCUAAACAUAUAUUAUUUCUAAACACAUUCAAAGGUAAAGUUUACAUGAAAUGGGAUUUUCUCCAUGAACUGAUGCCUUAUUCCCCUUUUUUACAGCUGACAAAACAAACAGCACCAGAGCGGGUCAGUUUCUGGAUGAGUUAUUUUACUGCUUACUGCAUUGUAACAUUACGUCAGCGAGUCAUUUUCUGUGUUAGAUUAAGGAAAUUACAUUAAGUGUCACUAUUGUUUUAAAUCUAAAUAAAGAAUAUUUGUC